GAACCCGCGAGGGAUGGUGUCGGGAGCGCGCUCCGUGCAGUGGUCCCGGCUGCGGCGGCUGCUGUGCUGGCCAGCGGGACUCGCGGACUGACCGGCCGAGGGGCAGCAGCAAUGCCGGCCGCCCGAGUGGACUACAUCGCGCCCUGGUGGGCCGUCUGGCUGCAUAGCUUUCCGCACUUGAACCUGCGCUUGCAGCCCGUGGAGAGCACCUUCAACCCCCAGGACCCCAGCUACCAGGAGUCCCUGCAGCUACUGGGGCUUGUGGCCGGCAUCUGCUUGGGCCUGAAUUUGAUCUUCAUCACAGCCUACCUGAUUUGCUUAUGCUGCUGCAACCAAGAUGAGGAGCUACAGACCAAGCAGCCCAGAUCUUCCUGCAUCACCUGGACCUCUGUGGUAGCCGGACUCAUCUGCUGCGCUGCAGUGGGAGUUGGUUUCUAUGGAAACAGCGAGACCAAUGAUGGGGUAUACCAAUUGAUCUAUUCCUUGGAUAAUGCCAACCACACCUUCUCAGGGAUUGAUGAACUGGUGUCAGGCACCACGCUGAAAAUGAAGGUGAGCCUGGAACAGCACUUGGCUCGGCUCAGUGAGAUCUUUGCCACCCGGGGUGACUAUAUCCAGACGUUGAAGUUCGUGCAGCAGAUGUCAGGCAACAUCAUCCUGCAGCUCUCCGGCCUACCUGUUUGGAGGGAUGUUAGCAUAGAGCUGACGGAAGUGGCCAACAAGACCACCUAUGUGGAAUAUUACAGGUGGCUCUCCUACCUCUUACUCUUCAUCUUGGAUCUCGUUAUCUGCCUCAUUGCCUGCUUGGGACUGGCUAAGCACUCCAAAUGUCUCCUGGCUACGAUGCUGUGCUGUGGCGUGCUUACUCUCCUCCUCAGCUGGGCGUCACUGGCCGCAGACACAGCAGCUGCUGUGGGCACCAGUGAUUUCUGUGUAGCUCCAGACAAGUUCAUCCUGAAUGUCACCCAGGGCCAGAUGAGUACAGAGGUAACCCGUUACUACCUAUAUUGCAGCCAGGGCCUGAACAACCCAUUCCAACAGGCAUUGACCAUCUUCCAGCGAUCACUGACUACAAUGCAGAUCCAGGUCCUUGGCCUCUUACAGUUUGCAGUGCCCUUGUUCCCCACAGCAGAGAAAGAUCUGCUUGGGAUACAGCUGCUGUUGAACUCAUCUGAGUCCAGCCUCCACCAGUUGACUGCCAUGUUGGACUGCAGAGGACUGCACAAGGAUUACCUCGAUGCCCUAAUUGGUAUCUGCUAUGAUGGUGUUGAAGGGCUGCUCUAUCUUGGGCUGUUCUCCCUCUUAGCUGCCAUGGCCUUCUCAACCAUGAUCUGUGCUGGGCCUCAGGCCUGGAAAUAUUUGGUUGUCAGGGACAGGAGCUAUGAUGACAUUGACGAAGAUGACCCUUUCAACCCCCAGGCCCGGCGCAUCGCAGCCCACAACCCUACCCGGGGACAACUCCGAAGUUUUUGUAGCUACAGCAGCAGCCUGGGCAGUCAGACCAGCCUGCAUCCCCCAGCCCAGACAGUCUCAAAUGCCCCCGUCUCAGAAUACAUGAACCAAGCAAUGCUGUUUGGUGGGAAUCCACGCUAUGAAAAUGUCCCGCUGAUUGGAAGAGCCUCUCCACCCCCUACGUACACUCCCAGCAUGAGGGCAACGUACCUUUCCGUCACUGAUGAGCACAUGAGGCAUUACGGGAAUGAAUUUCCAGCCCAGUAGUCUUCCAGUGGUUUCCUUCUUUCCUUUUUUUUUUUUUUCCGGAAAGAAAACACAAGCUGUAUUUCUUUAAUAGAAAUGAAAGGAAACUAUAAAAAUGCAUGAACUAAAGGAAUGAAAACAAGCUCAACGGAAGAGAGCAUGAGCUGGUGGAGUUGAUUCAAGAGAUGGCAGGCUCCUGAGCGAGGCUGGCGUGCUGGGAUAUGGCAGACUACCACGCACAGGCAGAGGGAAGAAGCUAGGAGUCUCUGGGGUGCGUGUACCUAACCCUCCCUAGCUGUCUUCCUCUCCAAGUUGGAAAUGCCCCAUGGUGGGAACCUAGAAGCUGCUGUUCCCCAAGUUGUACUUCAGUCAUUCUCUCCUUUCAAAGAAAGGUGGGAGGCCUGGACAGCACCAGAUGCUGCAGUCAUGGGGACAGAGCUGUCUCUCCUUGGACCUUCACUGAGGACUUUGUCUUCUGUUACAUUUUGAUAGUUAUUCUGAGGCAAAAGCGCAUGUCAUCAGAUUUCUUAAUCUCCUCUUCCCAUUCCUUCCUAACAGCGCUGAUUAGGAGAGAUUUCUUUUUUUACCUGUCUGAAAUAGAGGGAAGAGUUUUGGUUUUUAACUUUUUUUU